AUGCCCGUCGCGGUGGAGGACAUCAUGAGGCUCCUGUGCUCCGUCUCCGAGGAGAGGAAAAUGCGGGCGGCCGUCAAGCACUCCGGGAGGGGCGGCCUGGUCACAGGGGUUGUGGCCUUCGUUGGUGGUUUGGUGGGCGGGCCACCAGGACUAGCCGUUGGGGAGGCCGUGGGGGGUUUGUUAGGCGCUUGGAUGACAAGUGGACAGUUUAAGCCAGUUCCUCAGAUCAUAAUGGAGCUGCCACCUCCCGAGCAGCAGAAGCUCCUUAACGAAGCCACUGCCAUCGUCAGGCGCCUGGAAUGGACAGACGCCGUGCAGCUGACCAUGCUGGUCAUGGGCAGUGAGGCCCUGCAGCAGCAGCUGCUGGCGAUGCUGGCCAACUACGUAACCAAGGAGCUCCAGGCGGAAGUGCAGUGCGACGAUGAGGCCUCUGCUGCGGGAAGCGGGCUCCAUUUAGAUGAUUCUUCCCGACUCAUGGAAGGUGACUGGGGAGCUGCAAGAAGCCCCACAUCAUCAGAAUAUUACCCUAAACUGUAG